GUAAAUCAUUUACUUAAUUGAUGGUGUUAUUAAUAAAUAUAUCAGUUUUAAUUAUACUUUAUUCUAUAUAUAGUUAAGUAAGGCUUAACAAGCAAGUUAUUAGGAUAAUUUUGCAGAAGAGCGACAUUUAGAAAGUAAGGUUAAUAAUAAAUUUAAAUGUAAGGUUUGUUAUGUUAGGUCAGCUACAUUAAUGAUACCUACAGAUAUAAGUAAUAUCUAAUAAAUGUAGCUGAACCAGAUGACAUGUGGCAAACCUAUUAUAUUUAUUUCAACGUACAAUAUUUGCCUAGUUAAAAAUAUUUUAGCCAUAUGAAACCUUACACUGAGCCUGUUUCUAAUAACAAGACUUUCAGAGAGAAUUAGUAUAAGAAUUUAAGAUUAUUUGCUGUCUGCAUUAUUUUUUCUCAGUUCUUUGAUUACAGUCCAUUUAUGUUGUGUGUUCAUGUUUAUAGUUGCAUUUGUUGCUACUUAAUUUUAUUUUGGGUAUGUAAUAAUAACUUACCUUUCACGUAAGUUAUUAUUAACCUUACGUACCCUUGAAGCAGUUCUUUGAUGCCUUACCAAAAUAUUUUCAUGUACAUAAUGCAAUUAAACUUAGCCAUACAUUGGAAAAGACAAGGAAUGAUACACCAUCCAUUACUACAAGAGUUUAAAUCAAGACUGAAGUGCUAUGAUUUAAGAAUAUGUAGUGAAAAAUAUUGUGACAUUCUUAAGUGAUUGGGAACCACAGAACAAAUGACCUGCAAAGUGUUCACGCAAGGAAGGUUGUAAUCGGCAGCAGCGUCAUCUCCAGCGGAGAGCGGACAGCCAUGGCCACAUGUGAGGACUACGAGGUGCAGUGCCCUUACAACCGCUCGCACAUGAUCCGACGCUCGCGCAUUCAGCAGCACAUCGUGAAGUGCGAGCGCAACUACCCGGGGCUGCAGAUGGAGUGGUGCCCGCACAAUGCCAGCCACAGGUUCGCACACCACGAGGACUUCCUGGCCCACGUCCCCAACUGCCCGGACGCGCGCAUCAGCUCCAACGUGCUCUUGCUGAUGGCCAUGAAGUACCACGAGACGGGCGACAUGUGCAAGAUCAGCUGCGAUCCCGAGAAGCAGGUCGGCGCCGAUGAGGACUGGUCGCAGGAGUAUGCCGACAGCUCUGGCAGCGACAGUGCACCAGCUAGCGCACCACCAAACGCUGAAGUUGGUGGGAGGAGACGAGAUGUCUACGACGACAGCCGGGAGUCCGAGGAGAGUGGCGUUGGCGACACGGUCUGUAAGCUCGACAGCUUGCACAUUGACGGGGAAGUGUCGAUCCUGGACCAGAUAAAGCCUUACUCGCUGGAGGAGAGAGCCGACUCCCCGGGCAGCUCGCGGACGGGUGAAGUACAGGUGCCCGUUCCAAGGAAAGCAUGCUCUAUAGUCGAGAAACAUUACUUGCGAGGCAUCAGCAUCGGACGUGGCCUCAAACUUCCGUGGUUGGAUGGCAAGCCUGGGAAAAGCACAUACCAACAGACCUUGGAAGUGCGAGGGUUGAUUGGUGAAGGCGCAGAGAAGAGUGUGGGGCGGGGUUUCGCGCUGAAGUCUCGCCUCUCCGGGCAGCAAGCUCACAAUCUGAGGAAGCCUUUCAGCAGCUACCAAUCAGAGUGACAGUAACAAACUGCAGACUAGAACUGCUUACGAACUUCUAUUACCAAACAGCUUUAAGUCACUACUGAAAUAGUGAUCUUAUAAAGUUUUAACUAUGUGGUGGUAAGCAUUAUUAAGUGCUUAAACUUGUGAAGUUUUAAAAAUUAGUCCAGUUUAUAUUGGAAGAGUCCCUUUUAUUUAUUAAGUGUCUAAAUAAAUAUUUGUUAAAUUUUUUUUACAUAAAUUGUUAGUAAUAGUGUUGUUAAUUGUCUUGUUCAGAUGUUUUGUACCUGACUGUACCAGUCCAAAGUGAAAUGUGAAUUGUAAUAUUAAGUUUAUAUUGUACGGACUUUCUAAAUUACAAUCUGAAUACAAAUAUAUGUAGUUAUUGUACAUAUUGUUAUUGAUGGUUCAGCCUAAUCAAAACACUUUUUCGAUGUAACAUAUUACCAACUUUUGUUUCUUGAUAUCCUUUUUGAAGCAUAGUAUGACCCAGAUAACCUCUGGCCUAGUAGCAGACUUAUACUUGUACGUAAGUAAUGUUUCUGUAUUCAGAAAUCGGCCGUGUCUUGUUACAGGGAAACAUCCUAAAUUUGCCCUGCAUGAUUUUCAGAAAGCAAAAAUAGCCUGCUUAUACUACCAUUUUGAAAUUACAAACAAAAUUUUAAAAGUUUCCAAUUGCAUCUCGUUAAACGUUAAACAUCAGUCAUUGUUUUGAACCACUCCAGUGUAAUUUGGUCGAUUGGUCAGCGGCCAAGACCAUGAACUUUCUGUGUUGGAGAAGACAUUCGAAAAGCAACAAUUGACACUCAUAUGCAUUUGAGAGAAACUGCAAUUAUUCGACACCAACCAGAUGUUAACAGACAAAAAACUUCCAACACAGAAUCAAACACGCAAAGCAAAACUAGAGAUUGUAAAUGGGUCUUUUACAGGAAUCUGAUAGUUGUCUUCCAUUAACAAAGUACUUUAACUAAAACUAUAACUAUGUAUAACUUUGAAAUAACAAGUAA